AUGGAAAAAUGUUUUUCCUUGCACAUCAGUGUUAGAGGAAAAAGUUUUUUCAGAUUUCUUCGAGAUCAAGAUUUUAAAAAUAUUACUAAAAAUAUAAUUGAGAAAACGAGUUUAUUAAAUAAUGAGAAUAAUAAAGAAGAAUUUAGGAAAAAAUGCCUAGAUUUGGCUAAUUAUGUAAUUCAUAAUAAGAUAGCACCCUCAUAUCAUAAUCAAGUAAUUUGGGAAAGAGCAAUAAAGGGUUGGGUAGAAUCUCACUAUGAAAAGCUGAAUAAAUAUGGAGGAUGCCCUUUGAUUUUAGAGGAAAAAGAUAAAAACUUUUUAAAAAUGAAAUAUGAAGAAGUAGAUUUCUGUGAAAAGAAAAAUGAAUACCUAAAAGAAAUAAAACGUUUAAGUAAAAAAUCAAAGGAUUCUUAUCGUUAUUCAAACAAAUAAAGUUCAGAAUUUACAUGCGACUUAAUGAAUGAUCAAACAUUCGAACAACCUACUUACUGUCCCCCAGUAGAUAAAUUACAACCUCGUGAAGGUGAAUCUGAAAAUGUACAAAUAGUUUCACAAACAAAAGAUAAAGAAAAAAAGGGGGAAUCACCUGUAUUACAUGAUUCACCCGAACAAGCUGAACCUACAGAGGGAGCUGCCACUAAUCAAAUGAAUCAUGAUACAAAACAUAAUCAACAUGAAGAGAAAAAUAAAGAAGAACUGGAACCUCCAUCUGCACCUGAAGCACAAACGCAAGCUCAUUUAUCAUCACUUGAAUCUCCUUCUAAUGAAGUUGAAGCUAAUUCUGAAAAUUCUUUACAGUCUCCGACACAAGCAGUUUUCUCAAAUUCCCAACCAUUCACAGAAGUAUCAGGUGAAUUUGUAUCUCUUGCUUCAGUUCCACUAGAUACAAAUCCAGAAAAUCCUUCCAAAAGUACUCUAUCUUCUACAAUAUCAAAAUCCCCUCCAAGUUCUUUAGCUUCAACUAUACCUUCUGUAACUUCAGGUAACUGUAAUGCAUCUUAUAAAUUACUAAAAAAAAUAAAAAUACGUGAACAUAAGAUGAUAAAAAAUUUACGUGAGUCGAAGCAAAAAAAGGAAAGGUCUAAAACUAUUAUAGAAAAAAUAUGCUUAGAAGUGUUCACAAAAGAGUUAUAUGGACUUUAUCCUAAUUUAACAAAUGAUGAACUAAUAAUGGAAAAUAUUAAAAGUAGCAAUGAUAUUGAAAAACAAAAAAAUUUAUGGAAUAAAUGGAUAGAAAGACAUAGAAAUAUUUCUGAAAAAUUGAAUAAAGUGGACUGGUAUAAUAAUUUGAAAAAUGAAUGGAAAAAAGAAAAAUUUUACAUAAAAGAAAUGGAAGAAUUAAAAAAUAUAUCAUCGAAUAAAAAUCAAUAUAAUCUAUUUUUGGAAAAAGAGAAAAAAUUUAUAUAUAAAAACAAAAUUACUAUCAAAACUUUGUAUAUUAGUACUUAUGACAAUAUUAGAAGAAUGCAAAAAGAAGAGUAUAUAGAAGAUAGAGAAUUACAUUUAGAUAGUUCCAUAAAUGAAAGGAAAACUAAAAAAAAUUCAGUAAAAAAAAAAGAAAUUACAGAUAUAUUUAUUCAAAAGCAUAUUAAUGUUUAUGAAAAUGGUAAAAAUAAGGAUAUUCAUAAUAAUAUAGGGGAAAACUUCUUGCGGGAAGAGAUCCAUGAUUGGAUAGGAAAAGAUGAAACAUAUAUAAAUACUAUAGAGUGUAUGAAUAACGAUGAUAAAUAUGAUCAUAUAGCAGAAUAG